CCCCAUUCCCCCUUUCCAAACUCUCCAACUUUAUUUCCUUUCCGUAAAAUGGCAUCCAAGAAAGCCCUCCCUCGCCGUCUCUUCAACGCCGCCAAUCGCCUACUCUUCCGAAAUUCCCCCAAUCCCCGCCCCCAUAUAUCCAAUAACCUCCCUCUUGAUCCCGGAGACCAUGGAAUUUUCCGUCGUUUCCUUCAUCGGAAACCCAAUUUUCCCCCUCCCUCCACAUUCACCCGAUCGCUUCCCGUCGGAUUGGGGAAUGUGAUGGAACAGCUAUUUUCCCGCGAUAGGAUUCUUUUAGAUGGACUGAAGCCUCCGACGACGGCGCCGGCGUCGGUUCCUUCGGAGUUGGAAGGACUUACGGUGGAGGAGACGAGGAAGUUAGUGAAAUUGACGGAGGUGGUGAGAUUGAAGAGGAAAUUGAAGGAGAUUCCUAGGAGUUGGAUUACGUAUCAGGAAUUUGUUCGGAUUUGUGGAGAAGAUUGUUGGGAUGAUAAUGAAGAGUAUGGCGUUGAGUUGGCUAAGAGGCUUGAUCAUUCCGGUGCCGUCAUCGUUUUGGGGAACCUCGUGUUUCUCGAUCCCGAGCAGAUGGCGAAAUCAAUUGCUAGCUUGAUUCCCACUCUACUAAUGAACAACGAAGGCUCAGAAGGCAAUGAGGAGCUUGAAGAAAUGGAGAAGCAGAAGGCCAUGAUCGACGUUGAGGCCGACCAACAAGUCCGUCGUGAGCUUCGUUGGGGGCUUGGGUUUUUGGUAGCUCAAACCGCUGCCCUUAUGAGGCUAACAUUUUGGGAGCUAACUUGGGACGUAAUGGAGCCUAUUUGCUACUUCAUAACGUCAACAUAUUUCAUGGGUGGUUAUGCCUUCUUUCUAACCACUUCCAAAGAGCCUUCUUUUGAAGGGAUUUACCAAACCCGCUUCAUGGCUAAGCAAAAGCACCUCAUGAAGCUCCACAAUUUUGAUAUCCAUAAAUACAAUCGCCUCAGAGGACACCAUUCCAAUCCUUUGACUUCUACAUAUCAUCAUUUUUUAUAAAAUUUGAGAGUAUAUGUACAAAAAUUGAGAGCAUUAAUUCAUCUUUUGAAAAAAAAAAAAUAUUUCUUUUAUACUUUCUAUACCUUCUUGUGAGAUGAGUUUUGAGCAUUUUGUAUACAACGAAUGGAAUGGAAUUUCAUCAACGUAACUCUUAAAUA